AUGACUGACGAAGCACUGACCCAUCCCAACAAACCUGAGUACGACGCUGAUGCGUACUCGGAGAACGUCACGUGUUGUUUUCCCUUUAUAACUAAGUUGUUAAAUUAUUACAACUUGACGUUCGACAAUGCGCUAGACAGCCACAUCGGGCAAGACAGCGUGAGUCCAUGUGGUCCACGGCAAUUCCUCGACGUGGGCUCUGGCUGUGGUCAAGUGACCAUGAAGGUCCUUCUGCCCAACGUUCCAGACAAUGUAGAGAGAAUUGUAGGGGUGGACGUGUGCGCAAACAUGGUUUCCUACGCCCGGGAGCACAGUUCUCACCCAAAGCUAGCGUACGAGCAGCUGGACAUAACAGCAGACGUCUCCGAGUUCCUCGGCCUGUACGGACCUUUCGAUCGCCUCUACUGCUUCAACAGCCUUAACCGCGUGAAAGACCAGCCCACUGCAUGGAGAAACAUGGCCAAGCUACUGAAGCCUGGUGGAGAGUGUCUUCUGUUUUAUGGCGCUUGGUACGUUACACCUGAGAUUUGGAGGGCAUUGGCCAAAAAGGAACGCUGGAACAGAUUUUCGGAGCUAUGGGAAGGCCUUAUUCCGCCUUCACAGGACAUGGGGAGCACUGACGACAGGCUGAAUUACGUCCGAUCACUGGCGAAGGACGCUGGGCUAGUAUUGAGGAGCUGCGAGAUGGCUCACAUUUAUCUCCCCGUGCAACAAUGGUCGGCGGUUAGGCUUAGCGAUGCCAACACGCCCGCUGCUUCCCCAUCGGCGACCCCUCCACAGGGCCUCGCUCUCGUCGGGACCGGUUUUGAGGCGGUCGGUGACAUGGCUGCCCUCCGUGGCCUUCUCCUUCAGGCGCUCGAGGGAAUGUCCUUCCUCAGCGAUGAGGUGGCGCGGCUGCGGAGUGACCGCGAGCGUCUGCACAGUGAAAACGCACUGGCAUCCACUGAACAGGCUCCACAGCUGCUGAGAUGGCGGGCCUUCACCUCGCCGCAGACCUGCUUGCAGCACACCCUCCUGGAGUACCUGUGGUGGUGGCCAGCGACUCAAGAGCAGCUCUCCAGGUCGGAUGACGACUGCCAGUUGUGCAACCUGAAGCUGCGCCGCCAGUUUCAUGGCAUAGUUAUUCCUUUUCGGAAACUCCGCGCCCAGUGCCUCGUUCUCGAAGCCGCAGACAUUGAGUGA